GGAAUGGAUUUUGGAUGUUCGGAAGUGAGCGUUUGGAAGGAAGCACUAUCUGCUUACCCAUCUCGGAUUCACACUUUCUCUCUUAACAAAAACAAACCCAAUUUGGUUUCUCUCGACGAAUUCUACUGCAACCACCUUCCUUCACUUCUUCACGAACGAAACCCUAACCCUUUCAUCACCUCUCAGGAACUUUCCAACCUCAUGCAAUGGAAGCUCACGCGCGGCAAGUGGAGGCCGCGUCUCUUGGACUUCGUUUCGUCCCUAGACGACGUCGUAGUGAAAUCGGCUUCUGAGAAAGCGUUUCAGAGUCUUCCCGAUAUAUCCAAAGCCGUUUCUGAACUCACUGUCUUGAAAGGCGUUGGUCCCGCCACUGCCUCCGCCGUUUUGGCCGCUUUCGCCCCUCACUUAACCCCUUUCAUGUCUGACCAGGCUAUGGAAGCAGCUCUUGGAAACUCGAAAGACUAUUCGCUGAAGCAAUAUCUAAUAUUCGCCAAUAAAUUGCAAUCGAAAGCAAAGGAACUAAGUUCAGAAGGGGUCUCCUAUACCGCAUCUGAUGUAGAAAGGGCUUUGUGGAGUUUUGCUGUAGGGAAGUCAUCAGCACCUGAAAGGAAUGAAGGCCCUAAGACCAAUCCAAGCAGGGGCUCUAAAAGAAAGAGAAAAAAUUGA